AUGACAACUCCUGCACCGCCCGAGGACCAGGCGCGCCUCCUGGAGGAUGCCCUGGUCGCCGUUCGCCAGCAGACGUCGCUCAUGCGAAAAUGUCUCGACACGCCCGGCAAGCUUAUGGAUGCGCUGAAAUGCUGCUCGACCCUCGUCUCGGAGCUGCGAACCAGCAGCCUCGGCCCCAAGCAGUACUACGAGCUCUACAUGUCCGUGUUCGACGCCCUGCGCUACCUGUCCGUCCACCUCCGCGAAAACCACCCUGUCAACCAUCUAGCCGACCUCUACGAACUCGUCCAGUAUGCCGGCAACAUUAUCCCCCGCCUCUAUCUUAUGGUCACCGUCGGCACCGCCUACAUGGGCAUCGCAGAUGCGCCCGUCAAGGAGCUCAUGAAGGACAUGAUGGACAUGAGCCGCGGCGUCCAGCACCCCAUUCGCGGUCUCUUCCUCCGAUACUAUCUGUCAGGGCAGGCUAGGGAUUACCUUCCCACCACCGAUAGCGACGGCCCGGAAGGCAACCUCGGCGACUCUAUAAACUUUAUCCUCACCAACUUCGUCGAGAUGAAUAAGCUCUGGGUUCGUCUGCAGCACCAGGGCCACUCUAGAGAACGAGAUCAGCGCAUUCGAGAGCGCAAGGAGCUACAGCUUCUCGUGGGCAGCAACAUUGUGCGCUUGAGUCAAUUGGUUGAUCUGGAGACAUAUCAGUCGACCAUUCUCGGACCGCUCCUGGAGCAGGUUGUCCAGUGUCGCGAUGUGCUGGCUCAAGAAUACCUGCUCGAGGUUAUCACCCAAGUAUUUCCCGACGAAUAUCACCUGCACACGCUCGAUAAAUUUCUCGGCGCCGUCUCCCGUCUCAACCCGCACGUCAACGUCAAAUCCAUCGUUAUUGGCCUAAUGGACCGGCUGUCCGAGUUUGCCGAGCGGGAGACCUCGGCCGAGAAGUCGCCCGAGCAGGGGGGCCGUGAGGCCGAAGCUCUCGCCAAGCUCCUAGAAACCGCCAAUCUUAAGGACACCAAAGGCGCUGGCGAUGCGAAGGCUGAAGGCGAGGAUGGGGGCGAAGGCGAAGAACCAAAGAACAAAGAUACAAAUGGGGAUCCUGAAACUGAGACACCUGUUGAUGCAGCGGAAGAGAGGGCUGCUGAAGGAAAGAUCUCGACGGAUGGAAAUGUGCAGCUCUAUGAGGUGUUCUUUGCCCAGGUCCAAAACCUCGUCGAAGUGCAACACUUGCCCAUCCCAGAUACCAUUGCUCUGCUCGUUUCGCUGCAAAACUUGGCCCUCAACAACUAUCCUGACCGUCUCGACUUUGUUGACCAGAUUCUGGCCUAUGCCGCUAUCAAAACCAGGGAAAAUAUGAACAAUGCUGACCUGCACUCUACCCCCGCGCAGCAAAGCCUGUUGGCUCUCUUGCAAGCGCCACUAGACCGCUACGUUUCGAUAUUCACUGCUCUGUCGCUGCCGACAUAUGUACCGUUGUUCCAGGCCCAAUCCUAUCCGACCCGCCGUGCCGUCGCCGGGAACAUUAUUCGCACUCUCCUGAAAAGCCAGACCAAGAUUGUCAAGACAGAGCAACUCGAGAAUGUGCUGGAAAUUAUGGCUGUUCUCAUAAAGGAAGGAAACCAGGCCGCUCAAGGGUAUCCCGCUGCUCAGCGCCGCGUAGCCGAGACGGAUGAGACGAUGCAGGAACAGGGCUGGCUGGCGAGAAUGGUUCAUCUGCUGCAGGCCGAAGAUAACGAUACACAAUUCAAGCUGCUUCAAACGACGAGGAAAGCCUUUGCCGACGGUGGCGACCGCAUUCGCACAACGACACCACCGCUCAUCACAGCCGGGUUGCGACUCGCGCGCAAGCUGAAAGCGAGGGAGGGCCUGGAUGACAACUGGGAAACGCAAAGCAAUGCCCUGUUCAAGUUUAUGCAUUCAGCACUGAGCACUUUGUAUACGCGGGUCAAUGGACCUGGGGCGUCGGAGAUGGCUCUACGGUUAUUCUGCGCUGCUGGCCAGGCUGCUGAUAUGACUGGCUUCGAAGAAGCGGCCUAUGAGUUUUAUGCGCAGGCAUUUACGGUGUACGAAGAAGCCGUGUCCGACUCCAAGGCGCAGUUCCAAGCCGUGUGUGUGAUUGCGUCGUCGCUACACCAGACGCGCAACUUUGGCAAAGAGAAUUACGAUACCCUCAUUACCAAGUGUGCUCAGCAUGGUAGCAAGCUGCUGCGCAAGCCGGACCAGUGCCGCGCCGUGUACCUGGCGAGUCAUUUGUGGUGGGCUAAUGCGAUUCCCGCCAAUAGGGAAACUGAGGAAUCUGAUCUGUACCGGGACGGUAAGCGAGUGCUGGAGUGCUUGCAGCGGGCUCUGCGUGUGGCAGACUCGUGCAUGGAGACGGCGACGUCGAUUGAGCUGUUUGUUGAAAUCUUGGACCGCUACGUAUACUACUUUGACCAGCAAAACGAGUCGGUUACCACGAAAUAUCUCAACGGCCUCAUCGAGCUCAUCCACUCCAACCUGGCCAGCAACCAGCAAGAGUCGGCCUCGGUCGAGACGAGCAAAAAGCAUUUUCACCAGACGCUGGAGAAUAUUCGAAGCAGGCAAUACGAGGGAGUGGUGUUGUAUCCGAGCUAG